UGGAGAAAAGAAAGCCCUCAAUGGGAAGCAAUGAAUAUAUGCCCUUUUAUCAUCAUGAAAGUAAAAGUGGAAAGAGGGUUGAGAAAGAAAGCAAAAGAGACUGAAACAGACGUUAAGAGAGGAUGUUAAAAAGCUUGAUGUUGUCUCAAUUUAUAUAUAUAGUUGUGGUGGUGAAGUGUUUUCAGAUUAAGUACUUCUCCAAUUCUCAGUCCCUUUCUCACCAUAUAGACAUCAAUGCCAACUUCCUCUUUUCUCUUCCCCCUACUCUUCCUUUUAGCCUCAAUCUCAAUUACAAAUGGGGCUCAACUCAUUCUAGUAAACAACUGCAAUGAAAGUAUAUGGCCUGGUAUACUUGGCACAGCAGGCCUAGCCACUCCUCAAAGUGGCGGUUUCCACCUCGGCAGUGGCCAAGAACUAGUUCUUGAUGUGCCUGAGAAGUGGUCAGGAAGGAUAUGGGGCAGGCAGGGCUGUCAAUUUGACAAUGAUGGAAAAGGCAAUUGUGAGACCGGCGAUUGUUUUGGCCAAUUACAUUGUCAGGGGAAAGGGGGUGUGCCUCCAGCAACCGUUGUUGAAAUGACACUCGGAUCAUCAACUUCACCCCUGCAUUUCUAUGAUGUGAGCUUGGUUGAUGGAUUUAAUCUGCCUGUGUCAAUGAAACCGGUCGGGGGUGGAAUAGGCUGUGGUGUUGCCUCAUGUGAGGUUGAUUUGAACGUUUGCUGCCCAUCAGCAUUGGAAGUGAGGAGAGGAGGCAGGGUUGUGGGGUGUAAGAGUGCCUGCUUGGCUAUGCAAUCUGCUAGGUAUUGCUGCACAGGAAGCUAUGCAAAUCCAAACACUUGCAAGCCAACCCUUUUUGCGCAUCUGUUUAAGGCCAUAUGUCCCAAGGCCUAUAGCUAUGCUUUUGAUGACUCUUCCAGCCUUAACAAAUGCAGGGCUUCGCGGUACGUCAUCACUUUCUGCCCUGCCCAAUGAGCAAUGGCUGAAGGAGAUUUUAGACAUUGUCAAAUAUAUUGUUCUGCAAUGAAGCCAAUGGCUUUUGUAGUACUAUUCUAUACUUAAAAGUGAGGUUCUUCUGUUUUUUUUU